AUGGACCAAUCGGCUCAACGACUACUUCUACGUCCCAUAAGUCCCCCGCCAAAGAAGCGACGGAUGAUAUCAGAAACACUCAAAGACCCCGGAUACUUGGAAACACCUCCAGGGGAGGACAAGCCAUGCCCGCCCCCUGACAAGCGGAGGUUCGACUCGCCCUUCCACCUUACCAGGAUACGUGACCUGCCGCCCGAGCUCAAUGUUGACACGAUCGGGCUGAACGACAUACUCGGCGAUCCCCUGAUAUCGGAAUGCUGGGAGUUCAACUAUCUCCAUGACAUAGACUUCCUCAUGCGAGCCUUCGACCAGGAUGUCCGCCAUCUCGUCAACAUUCAUGUCGUCCACGGUUUCUGGAAAAAAGAUGACUCGAAUAGAAUAGAACUUCAGCAGAACCAAGCGUCACGCUAUAAGAACGUGGCCCUCCACACAGCAUUCAUGCCCGAGAUGUUUGGCACCCAUCACUCCAAGAUGAUGAUUCUCCUGCGGCACGACGACACGGCCCAAAUCGUCAUCCACACGGCGAACCUAAUCGUCCGGGACUGGACCAACAUGACGCAGGCAGUGUGGCUGUCGCCACGGCUUCCCCUUCUCCCGACAACAUCCACUCAAGACGGGAGCGAGAAUUACAGCCCUGCUGCUGCUACCACUGUUGCUGCUGCUUCCAGUCAAGACGACCAGGAAGAAGAAAUCCCCAAGACGGGCAGCGGCGCCAAGUUCAAGAUUGACUUCCUCAACUACCUCCGGUCUUACGACACGCGCCGCGUCACCUGCCGGCCCAUCAUCGAGACGCUCAGCAAGUACGACUUCUCCGCGGUGCGGGGGAGCCUCAUCGCGAGCGUUCCGGGGCGGCACAACAUCCACGACCGGUCGCGGACACAAUGGGGAUGGGCGGCCAUGAAGCAAGCUUUGCGCGACGUGCCCGUGCAGUAUCACACAGCCACCUCAUCAUCAACAACAAAAACAACAGGUAAAGAAAAGGCCCCUGAAAUCGUGGUGCAAAUCUCGUCGAUCGCCACACUGGGCCCAACAGACAGCUGGCUCAAGACCACCCUGUUCCGGGCGCUUAGCGGGGGGCGUGGUCGGCCCCUGCUCAAAUUCAAAGUAGUAUUCCCCACGGCGGACGAGAUACGCGCGUCUCUCGACGGGUACGGCUCGGGUGGUUCGAUCCACACCAAGAUCAAAUCGCCCCAGCAGGCCAAGCAGCUGCAAUACCUGCACCCGAUCUUCUACCACUGGGCCAACGACUGCUCUGGCGCCGCGAGUAAGUCACCCCCUCUCCCCCCCUGUGACACACAAGCCCAUCUUAUCAAGACCAACCCCCCAAGCAUAGAACUCCCAGAAAACGAGCCCGUGCGGGACGCUGGACGCCAGCGGGCGGCGCCGCACAUCAAGACAUAUAUCCGCUUCGCGAACGGUAGCAGAGCGUCCUCGCCGACGAUCGACUGGGCGCUAGUGACAUCGGCCAACCUGUCCAAGCAGGCGUGGGGCGAUGCCGUCAACAACAGCACGGGCGAGGCGCGCGUGGCGUCGUACGAGAUCGGCGUGCUCGUGUGGCCGGCCCUGUUCGCCGAGGAUACCGUCAUGAAGCCAGCUUUUUUGACGGACAGGGUUACGGCACCGGCGGAGAAGACCUCGGACGAGGAGAGGCAUGACGGCGAUGCGGUACCGGUGGUGGCGCUGCGACUGCCUUAUAGUCUCCCGCUGCAGGCCUACGGAAAGCAUGAGAAUCCGUGGGUCGCAACGGAGAGCUACGCGGAGCCGGAUUGGAAGGGGCAGUAUUGGAAGAAGGACUGA